AUGAACCGAUACAAACGGCCUCUGGUGAAUCUGCUUCAGCACGCGAAGGACAAGAUGGCUCGCGCCUCCCGGCUGCUGCCGGCGAAAGCAAAGGCCAGCGGCAAGGAGGAGGACGUGCUCCUGGCGGCGCACCCGUCUUUCCCAGAAAAAAGCGUACAGAAAAACGCUGGAAAAAACACUCGUGUGGCGAAAGCCCAUCUUGCAGCGUCGCGCCGCCCCGCUGCUUCCAUAGGCGGCUCUGGGGCGCCCACAAAGGGUUCCAAAGCCUCACGGGCCCGAAGGGACGCCCGCGGGGCCCCCGCAGCUGCGAUCGAGGAAGGUGAAGGUGACGAAGAAGAGGAGGACGAGGAAGACCAAGUUGAAGAGGAAGACAGAGAGGAGGGAGGAGACUGUGAGGGAAAGCGUGAAGGCGAAGAUGAUGACGAAGAAGAGGAAGAUGGUCAUGAUGAAGAUGGCGAUGAUGGAGAUGAUGAUACUGACGAUGAUAAAGAUGGCGAUGAUGAAGAUGUUGAUACUGACGAUGAUGAAGAUGACGAAGAAGAUGAGGAUGGUGAUGAAUAUGACAGUGGUGAAGAUGAAGAGGAAGAGGAGAAGGAGGGAGAAGAUGCAGAGGCUAGCGACGGGGAGGUGUCUGGACGCGCAAGAGGGGGGGGGAAGGCUUUGUUGAGUUCUGCGUCUCAGUCUUUCUCGGGGACGCGGAAGCGAAAGCGCACUCGAGACGGGGCUGACGACGAGGAGGGCAGCUCAGAGGCCUCAGCUGGAAGCGAGAGUGAAGCCGCUUCAUCCGCGAAUGCGCCUGCGAGCACCAUGGACGCCGACGUUCCCUCGUUCGCCGCUCUCGGUGUGCCGCUGGCGCUCAUUCGCACCGCAGCGUCUCUCCAUAUCCACCGACCCUCGCCGAUUCAAGUCUUGGCUCUUCCGCAUGCGCUGCGCGGGAAAAACGUCUGCGGGCUCGCGCCGACCGGCAGCGGGAAGACCCUCGGGUACUGCUGGCCGCUUCUCCAGCGCAUCGGGCGCGGCGAUGGGCACGCCUUCAUGGGCCUUGUGUUGCUGCCUGCGAGAGAGCUGGCGAUUCAGGUUCUUGACCAGUUCCGCAUCUACGGCGUACAGCUGGGCGUGCGCGUGUGUCUGCUUCUCGGCGGACGCGACCUCGUGGAGGAGGGGAAGCUGCUGAACCAGUGCCCGCACAUCGUGGUGGCGACGCCGGGGCGUUUGUCUGACCAUGUGCAGAACGACCCCGAAAGAAUGAAGAAGCGGCUCUCCGCGGUCGACGUCCUAGUGCUGGAUGAGGCCGAUCGCCUGCUGUCUGACGAGUUCGAGGAUGACCUCAAAACGAUCCUCGCGUGCGUGCCGACCUCCUCCCAGGGCCGUCAGACGCUGCUGUUUUCCGCGACGGUCAGCCCGGCGCUGCUGGCGCUGCAGCGCCGGUUUGGGGACGACGCGAUGCCGCUCGUCGACGCCCACCCCAGCAAGCAGCCGGCGAUCCCGAACCUCUCGCAUUUUUACCUCUUUGUGCCGGCGCGCAUGCAGCCGGUCUAUCUGCUCUAUCUCCUCGAACACACGCCACCCUUCUCCUCCGACCGCGGCAUCAUUUUCGCGGGCUCGGUGCGCCAGACACAGCAGCUCUGCACCGCCCUCGAGAUCCUCAAGCAGUCCGCGACGCCGCUCCACUCCCUCAUGGAGCAACGGAAACGCGUCGCGUGCUUGGAGAAGUUCCGAAGCGAAACGGCGCGCCUGCUCGUCUGCACAGACGUCGCCGGCCGCGGGCUCGAUCUGCCGCGCGUCGAGUUCGUCAUCAACAUGCAGGUGCCUGGAAAGGCCCAGGACUACGUCCACCGAACCGGGCGCACAGCCCGCGCGGGCCGGAAGGGCGUCGCCCUGACCUUCGUGGAGCCUAAAUCAGUCAGAGCGGUUCACCGGAUCGAGGCGCUUAUCAACACCCGGCUCCAGGAGCUCUCGUCGAUAAAUGAGCACAACGUCUUGAAGGAACUGAGUAGCUACAGCAAGGUCAUACAGAAAUCGCUGCUGUUCCUGAAUGAAGUAGGCUUCGACGAGAAGGCAGACCAGCACGAAGAGUACACAAAGGCCUUCAAGGAGGAACGGAGGAAGCGACGUGCGCGAAAAGCGGAAGUCGCCAACGCGGUUCCUGCCUAG